AUGGUGAGGAACAAGGGCAAAAGUAAGUUCGUCGUUGGGUCUUCUAGUGAGAGGGAGGAAGUGCCUUCGGGAAGGGUACAGAAAGCUUCGAAGGGCUGGCCUUCGGAGAAGCCGGUCGAGAAACGCUCGACUGGUUGGGACGCUUCCAAAGAUGGCGCUGUUGGAGGAUCUGGUGUGUCUGAACGCGCUGCUUCUGGUAAGAAGGCUGGUUCUUCGGGUUUGGCUGAGGAAGAUACCAUCCCCUCUCCGCUGAAGCCGUCUACUACUUCAGGGAUCGAGAUCCAGGAUAUCACCAAGGUGGUGGAGGCGCUCGAGACCGACGCUGUUCUUGGCUCGGAUGUCCCCAUCGUGGCCGAGGAGAAAGAGGAAUCUGCUGACGUUCCUCUCGAAAGAGAGAGAAGUCCAGAUGAGGAGAUGGUGGAUCUUACGGGCCCUGAUGUUGAGAUUCCCGAGGCUGAGAAGGAUGUCCCUUCUGCUGAGGAAGAGCAGCCCGAACAGGGCUGUCUUCUGAAGGCUGGGCAGCUCUUCUCCGAGCUUGUGGAAGUCAAGCAACUGUAUCUUAAGUACAGUCGCGAGGCUAGAGCUAUUGCUGAGGAGAUCGGGACCGAAGUUGGCAAACUCACCUUCCGAGUCGAAGAGGAUGCUGAAAAAAUAGCUUCCUUCGACAAGGAGAAGAAAUAUAUGGCCGCCAAAUCCGAGAGAAGGAUGAGACCAUUCGGAAGCUGGAGCAAGACCGAGCUGACCUCUAUACUGCUGAUCAGUGUAGAGAGUAGUAUUGGAAUGUCUCACUUGGCAUUCUCGGCUGCAGUUUUGGGUGACAAUGCUCUCAUGGAGAAAGCAUGGCAUGAAACAGGGAUGCUUGCGGAGGCUGUACUUCAUUCUCAUGCCCAUGGACGACCAACUCUUAAGAACUUGGUUGAGGCUUGGAAUAAAACGCUGCAGAAGGAGAUUGAGCAUACUCGAACAACCAAGACAGAUGCAACUUCCGCAUUCCUGGCAUCACUGGAGGAUUCCAAGCUUCCUAGUCUAGGGGACACAGUGCCUGCCACGAAGGGUUCGCAACAGGAGCCUGGUAAGCCGUUGUUAUUAGGAGCACCUCCUAUCGCACCACCAAAAGAUUCUGGUGAUUCGAGUGUGCCACCUUCAGCAGAUUCCAGCCAACCUGGAGCUCCAUCUAUAGCAGAUUCCAAUCAACCUGGAGCUCCAUCUAUACCAGAGUCCAGCCUACCUGGAGCUCCAUCUAUAGCAGAGUCCAGCCUACCUGGAGCUACUCCUCCAGAAGCAUCCAGCAAUCUUGGUAUAGCUCUAACAGAUUCUACCCACGCUAGAGAAGAAACUAGUGAAAUUGGAGCUGCUUCUGCAGAAGUUUCUGAUCAACCAAAACCAGGAGCACCUUCUUCGGCAGAUUUAAGCGAUCCAGGAUCAUCAACUCAUGUUGAUUCUCUUCUAAACCCAUGGAUUUCAGUCAGUCUGUUGCUCUACAGCCAGUUGAUUCUAAUCAACCUGAAGCUUCACAACCUACAGCCGACUCAACUCAAUCUGCCUUGGAUCUCAGGGCUUCUGAGCAACAACUAA